CGGUGUCGGUACUGACCGAGCUCAUGCGCGGAGAGGCCUCCGUGCGAGCCUUCCGCGAGCGGCAACUCGCCCUCGGCCACACCCUUCCUCUCGGCUCGUAUCUCCUCAAGCCCGUGCAGCGCAUCCUCAAGUACCACCUCCUCCUCGGAAACAUCGUCAAGCACUUCGAGAAGGAAUGCAGUGGUUACUCCGAGAUCUGGAACGCCCUCUCGGCGAUGACGGGGAUGGCGCACCACAUCAACGACAUGAAGCGGCGCCACGAGCACGCCGUCAGAGUGCAGGAGAUCCAGUCGCUGCUCUACGGCUGGCAGUUUGAAGACCUUACUACCUAUGGCGAACUAGCAGCGGAGGGAACGUUCAGAAUGUGGGGCGCGAAGGGCCUUCGACACGUGUUCCUCUUCGACAAAAUGAUCCUUAUCGCCAAGAAGAAGGAGGAAAAUAUUCUUAUGUAUAAGACACACAUUCUGUGUUCAAACUUGAUGUUGAUCGAGUCUGUGCCGGGAGAGCCUCUCAGCUUCCACGUGAUUCCGUUCGACAACCCGAGAAUGCAGUACACCCUGGAGGCGCGGAGCUUGGAGCAGAAGAGAGAGUGGACGCUGCAGCUGAAGAGAGUCAUCCUUGAGAAUUACAGUGCCAACAUACCCGCCCACGCCCGACAGCUGGUCAUGGAACUCGGCCAGAGCAAACCUGACGACGUGCUGAUGUCGGAAGUGCGCAGCAGCGGGCGGCGAGCGCACCACGCCCCUGAGUACCUGGAGAAGAGGAAGGUGGACCGGGAACGGCGGAGGUCGUCCGAGGGAGGACUCAACACCAAGCUCAGACUCCGGCGGUCCAGCAGAACGAGGAAGGAGAAAGAGGAAAAGGUGACGCGAAGCCGGAGCGUGAGUCGCACCAGAGACACCGAAGACGAAGAGUUGGACCGGAAAGUGUCUACAACCUCAGCGCCCUCGUCGUGUGAGAAGCCAAAGCUGAAGUUGACGAUGUGGGGGCGCCGCCGCUCAGAGCCCGGCAUCGGCAGCCGGGAGUCGCUCUCGCUGGCCUCCACCAUCAACCUGGACGAGGGCCUAGACACCCCGCCCCCCAGCCUGGGCCAGACGCCACAGCCCCUCGACGCAGCCACGCCCUCCGGACCUGCCACUCCCGAGGUGUCCCUUGACGGAGUUUCCAUGUCCGAGUACGAGCGAGAGGACGUCGAGGGGAACAGGACGGGCAGAGAAUACGAAGAAGGCAGCGAGAACGGAGAAAACCUCGAGGAGAUCAUCAGCCAGCUCCUCCAGAAUAAACUGCAGCUUCAGAAACUUCUCCUGAGCAAGCAGCGCCGAGGCUUGAUGAGAAAGCUCCCGCUCCGCUACGAGACGUCCGACACGGAGAACGAGGACGGCCCCUUCAAGGCCAACGGCUCGUACGCGGGCUCGGACGCCGGCGACACCCUCCGGCACGAGGACGUGGGCGACUAUGUGGACUUCUAUUUCAAUGGCAUGGGCAAGGAGGGCGAAUGUGCCACACAGACUGAAAGUGCCAAUGUUUCCAGUAGUGAAUGCCAGUCGAUGUACAGCAGUGCCGUCUCAGUGCAUCAGCCGUGUGAUAAUAAGUCUCUGUCUAGUGAAAAGAAGACGAAGCCAGUGAGAAGAUCGUCGUCCGACCUCAGCUUCAAGAAGAUGCCAACUCUCAAGAAAAUGAACUCGAAUUACGACAAUCUGCUCAACAUCUGGAGCACGAUAAGAGGGAAGAGCCCGGAGAAGAGGCAGAGCGGCGCAUUCCAGCAAGUCAAGGCAUCACAGACUCCCACAGCGACUUUAGAGAGGCCAAGGUUAAGACGGGCUCAGUCCUUCUCCGCGGAGAAGUGUCUAUCGAAUAAUCACGAAAACAUUUACGUGUCGGCGGCGCAGCUCACGCCCCAGCCCCACACGGCCCCCGCGGAGACCUCGAAGCCCCCGGAGGUGUGGGUGCGCGACGAGAGCCCCCGGGAGAACCGCGAGCGCCCGGUCACUAUCGCUUUCUACAACAGCAACGAGGUGAGUCUGAGCGCGCUCGAGCAGUACCUCAACCAGCCCCGGCCUCCGAGACGGUGCAGCGAGCGGUUCCCUUACGACACCGAGGACAACAUGACGGAUUACUCCAUGACGCCGCACAUGAGCAUGGACAACAUCCUCAGCAUUCAUCCCGAGCACAAGAUCUACAAGUCCACAAAUAAUAAGUCGACGUUAAAGACAGUGCUAAACAAAAUUACGAGUCCCAGAAACAACAAGACCGUGUCAGAACCUUCAGGCUCAGUCUACAAUUACUCAAUGGAGAGUGAGCUUGACAAGGGCAUGGAUAAGAGAGCGAGUAAAAUGGUAUACAACAUGGCGAGACAGUGUUCCAAAACCCUGAAGGAACGCAUAAAGCAGAUCCGAGCCGAGGACAUCGAAAAAGCCCCUGUCCCCAAGUCCCCAACGGAGAACGUGUACGCCCUGCCGAUAUACAAGCAGGGGAGUUCGAGUAUCGGGGCUCGUUUGGCUGGUACGAACGAGCCUUCCGACUAUGCCGUGCCGAGAAUCCGACCUCUUGACCAGAAACCCAAGUCCGACCUCAGACCCGACUCGGUUCUCUCUUCUUCCUCCAUCCUCACAUCUUCCUCGUCCUCUUCCUCGUCUUCCAGUCGUGAUACGAAAUUUUUAGAAGGCAUUGAAGUCUCUAAUAACAUGGCUAAUGUGGAAGAGGAAAAUGAGGAAAAUCAAGAAACCCCUUCAUUCGACAGCGACGCCUCAGCCGACAGUUAUUAUGAACGAUCCUUUGAGGCGAUAGAGAACCUUGAGACCGAGAUAUUCCGAGACAGUGCCAUCUAUAGCGACCCCGAAGACACGGAAUCCCCCCCGAACAGCCUGAAUCAGGAGCGGCCAUCCACUAGUCCCAAGUGCAAGUCCCCGAAUUCCAAGAAGUUCUCCCCCAGAUCUUCUACAAAGGUCACGAAGAAGGCUGUGUCCCCCAGCCGCCAUGCCUCCCCCGAGAUCGUGGUGACGCCUGAGGAGCCGUCAGCCGCCGCGGAGGCCGAGUCGACGUCCUCUAGUGGCGUGGCAUCCAUCAGCCCCCGAUCGUCCCCGCAGGCGAAGAAGGUCCCGCCUCCCGUCCCCGCCAAGCCUGACAGCAUAAAGACCAAACGCCCGUGCGGGAACCUCAUUAUGCAGCAGCUCAAGAACCUGGAGGAGUGCAGGAAAUUCAGUCGCGACGACCAAAACAGCAGCCCCUCGUUCGACGGCUUCCGAAGCCUGGACGACCGCCGAAAGGAGCUGGAGGUGUGUCGGGUCAAAGGGGACGACGGAGAAGAGCCCAGCGCGUCCCCCAGAGGAACCCCGGAGAGAGAAAACAGUGCGGACAGGAGCUCUCGGUCGCCGAGAUCCCCCACUCUCAUGACUCCUCCUAUUAUAAAAAAUCCCAUUACUUUAUCUCCCCUUAGUUUACCCGUGACUAGGUCGUCCUCAGUACCACCCAGACUUUCCCCUCGCCCCUCACUCACGCCCGAGUCUCCGCUGCCUGCCUCUGUGGGAACGCAGAGUCCAGCAGGGAGCGAGAGGGCGUCGCCACUGCCGCCCACAUGCCAAGAUGCGGAGGAACUGGAUGAGCCGCGUGUUGCUAGGGGUUGGGUGCGACAUGUUAUAGGGAAGUUACAAGCGGAAACAGACGUGUGAUAGUUUCAUAUAUAUGUGUGUGUGUGUGUGUAUGUAUGUAUGUAU